AUGAUGGUGAGAAAGGGGUCGAAACAAGCUAGGACAGCACCCCCGAAAUGCGAGGAUCAGCGCAUCGGCUUUCCUCCUAUUUUUCCAAAGAAUGACCUGCUCCCUCAUGUUAUCCUCGAAGACCAGAUAAUCAUAAUCGAUGGACUUUUAUCUGCAGAGGAGUGCAAGAAAUUCGUCAAAUUCAUUGACGAGUUAUCGCUCGAGCUUACCCCGCCCAAGAGGAAAGGGGAAGCCGAGAGGGUCAAUUACAGGACGUCGGUAUUAUCACCGUCUUUUGCUGAGAAGUUACACUCCCUGCUACUACCACACUUGCCAUCUUUCCCCUAUCCUGCGUCUGCUAGCAAACGACCCACUGCUCGUGAGAAUGACCAUCGAAGCCGGCUUCCGCACUCUUGCAAUUCGAAUAUCCGGAUAUACAAGUAUGCCCCCAUGCAACAUUUUGGAGCCCACUAUGAUGACUCUGUCAAGGACAUACACACAGGGGCAAAAUCGGAAUGGACACUUUUGAUCUAUCUUACAGGUGUCGAAGACGGUGUCAAAGGCGGAGAGACAGUUUUCUACAUCGAAAAGGGAAAACUUCGUGAAACGAUUGUUGCCCCCCUCACCCGGGGUACAGCCCUCCUUCACCGGCACGGCAGCGAAUGCCUACUGCACGAAGGAACGCUUGUUCGGGAGGGAACAAAAUACGUACUUCGCUCAGACUUGAUGUUUCUAGACUGA